ACUGCUGGCCUUUCUGUGAUGAUGCUGUGUGGGGUUCUGGUCUCUGUGCGCUCCAACAUUUGUGCUCAGGAGGUACAGAUUUACAUCUGUCAAGAGAUCCCACAAAGUUACCCUGUUGGCCUGGCCUCUCUGGUGCUCUUUGUAAGUAAUGUUGGAGCAAUCAACUGUACUGUGUUCAGUAGUGACAACCUGGCCUCAGUCACCCGCCUCACCAUCAACAACGCUGGUAUCACCAACAUCGCAUCCAGAGCUUUCUGGUUCUUCCGUGGCCUCAAAACCCUCAGCCUGGACCGCAACAACAUCUCCCAGCUCAACCCAGCCUGGUUCAGCCAACCAGCCAUCCUCCAAAACCUCACCCUAUUUCAGAACCAUAUUGAGGUUGUAGAGGACUCCAUGCUUAGUGGGUUAACUGGUCUAAUUAUCCUAAACCUGACCAGGAAUAUGAUCCAGGGCAUUGCUCCUGGUAGUUUUAGCACCCAGUCCCAUCUGGCCAGUUUGGACCUGUCUGGUAAUAGGAUCGUAACCAUCAGUCCUGGUAAUGUAGCACGAUGUACUACAUUAACCAUAAUGCACCUUGUAUGAUAUCCUGUUUUAUCUUCGUAAAGAAGUUCCUGAAGCUGACAAUGGUGUACUGUCUUAUCAAUACAGGUAGUUUCAGUGGACUCACUGGCCUAACUAGUCUCAACUUGGCCAGUAAUAGGAUCAAGAGCAUCAGUCCUGGCUGUUUUAGCGCCCUGACCAGUCUGGCCUACUUGGAUCUGUCUGGUAACAGGCUGACCAGGGUUAACCCCCAGGAUCUGCUCCCACUCUCCCCCUCCACACAUGUCAGGCUGGAUGGCAACCCCUGGGACUGCUCCUGUGGAGUGGAGGACUUUGUCAUCUUCCUCAGAGGUCUGCAGAAUGCCUCUCUGCUGAAGAGGGAGAUGGAAGUGACGUGUGCCAGCCCAUCAGCCCUGAGAGGCCAGCCUGUGUGGAACGUGUCCAAGUGUUUGAUACCUAACCCACAGCCUCAGGAGGAUACCCACAUACGGCCCCCAGCCAUGUCCAUCACUGUCUCCACACUCAUAGCAGUGAUCGUGGUGCUGUGUAUCCUGAUCUGUGGGGUCUGUGCCCUGGCUGUAGUCUGGAGGAGGAAACGUGAGACCAAACAGGUGAAGCCCAGUCUGGAGACAAAACGGGAGGAGGAAGCCACAGAGCAGCCAGACAGUUCUACCACCACCCUCCGCCGCCAGGUGGCUUCUUCAAUAACUGACAGGGAUCCAGAGCUUGCUGCAAGGACUUACAGAUCUGGAGUCAGAGCCAAGUCUGCUGAUGCUGUCCUGUCCACGUCCCAGUUCUGCAGAGCAGAGCGAGAAGCACACAGGGUGGUGGUGGAGACUGAGCGAGAACUCUACAGGACGGAAAGUGUGAGAGAGAGCCCGUUAAAAGAGAUGAGGAACUCCGAGGAAGAGAACAGCAAAGAGCCAGGAGAUAAUGAGUCCCAGGGGGUAGCUAGAAACCUGACAGGAAAAGAUGAUAUUAAGGGUGAAGUGAGUCAGGAAAAUGACAGAGAGGAGAGAGAUGAUGAUGGAACUGUGAAUCUGCAAGAUGGCGGCCAAAACAUAUGUGUAUCCCAGGAUUCGGAGACCAUACCGUACCUGACCAUCGGUGCUGACCCGGCCGAACCAAACCUUGAACGCCACAAAGGUCCAAGUCCACAGAAAGUCAUGACAAGGAUUUCCACUUGGCCCCCCACCUCAGCUCAGUGGCAGACCCACUUCGCCAUACAGAGAGAGGGGCUCUGUGUCUUCCCUGAGAAUGACCCUGGCCAAGAGGUCGAAGGUGAAACAGAGAACCAAUCACCUGACCAAGAGUUCAAACAGAUCCAGUCACCUGACCCCGGGGAAACCGAGAACCAAUCACCUGACCUUGAGCAAGAGUUUAAAGAUGACACAGAUAAUCGUUCAGCUGAUGUUUCUGUCAGUGUUCUGGAGUCUUCACCCCCAGAAGGGGUGAUGGGUGAGGUCAAUGCUGAGGAGAACUGCAGCACGCCACCAGACUUAGAGACAUCCUCUCCAGAGUAUGAUCCAGAACCUCUUAUUGAGAUAAGCGAGACCCUGUCAGACCUGGUCGACACUUCCCUGUCUAGUAAUGUCCUGACCCAGACUGAGACCAAUCCUGGUCAAGAAAAUCCUGAAGAAUUGGAUAACAAACCCACACAAGUUAUAAACAGGGCUGUACAGAGUGAAGGCAAAUCAAACAGAAAGGGGGUGCCAAAGAGAUCAGGCAGGAGCAGAGAGAGUAGUGGAGCUCCCCCUAGUGGUGUCUCCCCCAGUGACGACAACCUGCUACUGGAUAAUGAAUACGCCUAUAUUGACUUGCUGCACGAGGUGGUUCAGAACCAGGGCCGAUGGACCAGAGAGAGGUGGAAACGGACUCACCUCAACAAAGCAGCAAGCAAGCACCAGGGACAUUAAACUAUAGACUGUGGCUUUUAUGAUCUGGUGUUUUCUUAUGUUUUUACCUGUCCUGUCUAUUGGUGUAUGUAAUAGUCUGUAGUGUUUUGAAAAGUGCUAUACAUAAUAAAAUGUAUUAUUAACUGUG